AAAAUGUCACACAUGGAUGACAGCACACAGGAUGAUCCAGUCCCAAACAAGGAUAAACGUCUUAUAAUUGUCUUAAGCAACUGUAGUCACACCAUCAAUGUUAUGAUACCACGCCUAGUGGAGAAUCUUGAGAAACAUGGAUACCCUGAAACAGAAACUGUACAGCAGGAUGCUGAGGAGACAUAUGGGAGACUGGACAAAGUGUUGUUUGAUGCGUAUGUUGAGGAGAAGUCUAACGCUAUCAUUGGUCACCUAGAGCAGAAUAUGUAUGCUGGCAAGUUUGACUGGAACGACUCACAGAGGCCAUCAGGUGUCAGGAGUUAUGUUAAGGAAGCGGUCAUGGGUCUGAUAGGGAUCCACUCAGAGGUGUUUGCCAUAUCACCUCAUCUAGUCACCAGAGUUCUUCAUACAGUCUGUGAACAUGUGGUAGAGGAGGUCUCCAGACUCAUACAAUGUGUGACAGGCUUUAACUCAUAUGGGGCUUUACAGGCCAGGGUUGAUCUAAGUGCAAUAGAGAAUGCCAUUGGAAUAUAUAAAACAUCUCAGAUAAGGACCUCAAUUAAGGAAGCUAUCGGUUGCUUGCCACCAAUGGAUGAGGGUGCAGGAAAAAAGUUAAUGGAAGACUGUCAGAAUAGGUUUCAAAGUCAAAUGAAGUUUCACCUGCUUUGUUUCAAAAGUGACCCAGUUAAGAAACGCAGUUCCUCCCCGACAUUAUGAUCUGUGCACAACUUGGAAAGUGACUGUAUAUGAAACGAACAUUUUGC